UUUAUUUUUUCAUUUUUUUUUUUACAUUUUUUUUUUUUAUUUUUUUUUUGAUCUUUUAAUAUUAUCUUAUUAUUGGUAAUAGUUCUUGUUUACAACCGUCCAAGAUCCACGCUACUUAAUAAUAUAAUUAUUAAUGUACAAUUUAGUGAAGUUAGAUUCACAAAAAUUCCUCCAAAAACUACUUUUGGAACCAAACAAGUAGCAGAAAAUUUAGUUAAUGCUUGGUCUAAUGAAUUGAAUAAACCUGAUCGAGGAGAUGUUAAAUUUAAAGUUCAAGGUCGAGCUAUUUAUGCAAAUAGUUCGAUUCUUGCAAUGAGAUCAGAUUAUUUUGAGGCAAUGUUUGAAGGUGAAUGGAUGGAAUGUAAUAAUAAACAAAGAUCUCAAAGAUCUUCAACAACAAACACGAAAAACGAAAUUAAUGAGAAUCGAUAUAAAUAUGAGAUUGAAAUUACGGAUUUUAAUUAUGAGACAGUAAUUGCAAUGUUACAUUUUUUAUAUACUGAUGAAGCGGAUUUUAAAAAUUAUAGUUUGGAUAAUAUAUGGAAUUUAUUUAGUAUUUCUGAUAAAUAUUUUGUGGAUGAUUUGAGACAUAGGAUUAAAAUUCAUAUUAUUAAUAAUUUAUUAAAUGAAAGGAAUGCAGCUGAAAUGUUAUUUAAAUAUGCUUGGAAAUGGCCCGAUUUAAAAGAAUUGAUUAAAAAUUAUAAUAUUCAACAUUUUGUAAAGAUUAGAAAAACAAAAGGUUUUAGACAAAUAGUUGCAUCAAAAUCGGAUUAUCCAAUGUAUCAUGAAUUACUUGAAGAAUUAUUGUUGGGUUAAAAUUUUAUAAUCUAUAUAAUCUAUAUUAAUAAUCUUAUAUAUAUAUAUAUAUAUCAUAUUAUAUUUUCUUUUAUCUUUUUAUUUCUUUUUUAAAAAAAAAAUUACGUAUAUAUAUUAUUACAUAAAAUAAUUUUAUCUAAUUAAU